ACCUCCACAACUACCGCGACCACCACCACAACCACCUCCACAACUACCACCACCACCACCAACAACACCGACCUCCUCCACCGCCGACGUCACUUCCGCCCCGGUCGCCGUCGUCAGCUCGCGACUCGCGCGGCGCGCAGCGGGUUGAGUCGUCGGUCUCUGAAAUCGACCAACAACCACAACCACCACAACCACAACUACCACCACCACAACUACCACAACAACCACAACCACCCACAUCGGCCUCCUCCCGCCCGCCCGCCACCACCGCGACGAUGAGGCCUCUCGCCUUCGUGAGAAUGGCGGCGAGCCGCUGGCUGCGAGCCCGUACCCUGCUCGUGAAGGGCUCAACAUCACCUGCCCCUCGCUGCCUCUGCAGUAAAGCAGCUGGAACGAACGCGCCGGACAGAAGUAAUCUUCCGAGGAUCUAUACGAAAACUGGAGAUGCAGGCAUGUCCAGCACAUUCACGGGGGAGCGACGGACUAAAGACGAUGCUGUGUUUGAGGCACUGGGAACCGUUGAUGAACUUUCAUCUGCUCUCGGCUUCGCCUGUGAGCUUUGUCAGGAAGGACAGCACAGCUUUUGCGAGCAGCUGUUGCAGAUCCAGUGCGUGCUGCAGGACGUUGGCUCCAACGUCGCCACGCCGCACUCCUCGGCUCGCGACGCACACCUCCAGCGCACAAAGUUCGACGAAUCCGUUGUGGCCGAACUGGAGGGGUGGAUCGACGGCUACACGUCCCAGCUACCUCCGCUGACCAACUUCAUAUUACCGUCCGGAGGUCGCUGCGCCGCGGCUCUGCACGUGGCGCGGAGCACGUGUCGCCGGGCGGAGCGCCGGGUUGUCGUGCUGGUGCGUGCAGGCGAGGCCGACGCCAGUGUUGGGAAAUAUCUGAACAGGUUGAGCGAUUACCUCUUCACGUUGGCGAGGUUUGCUGCCAUGAAGGACGGGAGACCGGAGCAAGUCUAUCGGCGGCCCAAGACCUCCUCAAAGACGCCACCAAGCACCUGACUGCAGACGGGAAGAAGCCGGGGAGGAGUGCUGCGACGGGGACCUCCCAUGGUGCCGGAGGCUGCCCUCUACUCGGCGACGACACUCGUCACAAAGCCGCGGCCAAAAUCUACCCGGGGGUGCCGCUGAUCCUCACCUGUGCAGUCGAACUCCAUUGUUUUGACUCCUGGGGGUGACGGGAGGCUGAGUUGACUCCCACCUGGGAUUUCAAAGACAAAGAUCCCCCGUGGAGGCUUAACAGACUGUAGGGGCAAGCGCUGUUAGCGAGCACCUAUAAAGGCCGGCGUGGCACAUGAGGGGGUGGGUGGCCAGCACCACGCCCGGCCGAUUUUGUCUCCCGAAUGGCGAUGUUUACACAUCGUACCAGGUACUCAUUUGAGGCCGAGUCGACCUAGGGGAGGCCCUGGACCGGUUGAGAUAAUCGUCACUGGUAUUUGCCGUAAGCGGGAAUCGAACCCGGGUCGCCAGGUUCGUACCGUAGCGUGCUAAUUGCUACACAACACGCACACACACGCGCUUGUGCGUAUGUACGUUGAACUUCUUUCGCACCGUACGUAGCCAAACCGUGCUCAUCGGAGGUGCGGCGGGAAAGACGACAAACUCGACACACAAAGCAGUUUUAAAGAAGUGAGUUUUCAAGCUGGAUUUAAAAGUGCAUAGCUCCGGUGGCUUCCUAAUGUGAAACCGCUCUGACGACGAUGUAAUAGGAGCCACUUUAUUGGGACACGGCCACAAUGCGGGUCCCUGGGCUCCGUGCGUGUCUCCAGCUCGUAACUUACCCCCCACGUCGCCACUCCCCGUGAUCUCCCCGUUUAGACUCCUCAAGCCCCCACUUCGAGAACCUCGUCCUUGUUUGUCCCUUAGGCAAUCCCUGUCCUUCCCCCUCUAACGGAUCCUCUCUGUUUUCCCGAUCGAUCUCGUUCAACCCUUAUUCCUCCAAUCCCUUUUAAAGUCUGCCUCCCGACCAAUCACCGUAGAGGCCUCUUCCUACCAAUCGGAGACCGUUUAUCUUCAAAUAGCCGUUAGGCUGCAUAUUGGCUUGGCGUCAUUUUUCGGUAAUUACACCAAUGUCGAUUAGGAAGAGCGUUCCAGACGGCCGCUGAAUUGCACGGGGAAUAGUGUUUCUACAAGUGCUGUGUCUGCUGUGGCGUGGGGUGCCGUGUCAUGGGCUUGACUCGGCCCAAAUGGCACAGAAGUCGUUUUCCUGGAAUAACGACGACAUGUCUGCGUGUAUGUUGGACUUGUUACGCACCGCACGUAGCCAACCGUGCUCAUCGAAGGACAUCAUUCGCCGCGUUACGAUUCGGCCUGGUGUCCGUGUCUUGGCACGGAUAAAGAGGAGUGACCAAGAAGUGAUGGCAAAUUAUUCCUAUUCGCGUUUUUAUGGAACAAGAGGAGUCAAAUAUUGCACGAACACGGAUGAUGGGAUCAGCGGGUAGCAUCUCGUGUGUCAUUGGAUUAGCACGGUUGGCCAUGUAUGGUGCGAAAGAAGUUCAACAUACAUACAAUAGAUGCGAUUCACGGGGCAAUAUGUAUUGAUGAAUUUGCACGUGUGAAGGAGCAGUGGUGCAAUGGUUAGCGCACUCUGAUAUGAACAUGGUGGCGACCCGAGUUUGAUUCCGGGUCACGGCUAACAUCAGUGGCUAGUGACCUGUCCCCCCCCCUUCAACCCACUCUCAACUGUGCGUGAUGCAACCGCCAUGCAGUGGACUGUGAACUUAAUUUUUAAAACCUCCAUUCAGAAGUUCUCCUGUUCGGUAAAUCAUUUUGCUCGUAGGUUGCAGUUGAUUUACGGUUUAUGCUGUGACGUGCACACGACGGAGAUAUUUGCGGAUGAGUUGAAUGAUGGAUGAUUCGUUAUAAAUUUAACCGUGAUCAUGUGUCGGCUCGAUCGCACGGGUUAUCGAUGCUUCGUUGAGAUGUUGACACAUAGUUGAGCGUCCACCUCCGCUAAAAAUAUCCCUCUGCUGGUGAGGCUGGUUGUUUUUUUUCAUAAGCGGGGGGGGGGGGGGGGAAACAUUGAUCCUAAUUCUAUAAAUGGCUCGAAAAAUAUAAAGUUAGAUUUCUGUUGAGCAUCUGGGUAACCUCAUCCAGGAAUGUUAUACCUCGAAUACGAGUUUGUAGAUCCCAUUUUCUUUCCGCACCGUUUGUAUGAAAUUCUGUUGGGCUUCUAUCCCAGAGCGAUUUCAACUUUCCCCACUUUGUGCCCGGCUUUAAUGCUCAAGAGUCAAAUCGUCGAGACGAAAGGGGAGCGGGGGGAGCGCCGCCAGACGUCGUGCUCGCAGAAGUCAACGCCGUGCCCUUUGCAGGAAUUAACAAGGUAGAGAGCUCGUGGGGCAGAUGGUGGAACUUUUUAAACUCAGAGGUGGGGCCAAGUGCUGGAACGAAAGCGGUGGGACUUGUCCACUAAAUGUUUACACAGUAAUUAAAUACUCACCUAUUGUGGAAUGGUUUGCCUCUUUAUAUUAUGUUCAAAAAGGGAUUAAAAAAUUACUUCAAC